AUGUACAGUGUGGCAGCUCACUCUCGCUACUCGGGUAUUACUCCCUCCUCUCACAGUGCCACUGUUCACUUAAGGGAACAAACCUCAAUCACUCCCAAAGAAGAGUCCCUCAAAACCGGCCUUGCCCCCGCCGCGACCACUACUGUGUCGGUGUACACAGCCACUACUGUGUCGAUGUACACAGUCACCACUGUGUCGGUGUACACAGCCACUACUGUGUUGGUGUACACAACCAUUACUGUGUCGGUGUACACAACCACUACUGUGUCGGUGUGCACAACCACUACUGUGUCGGUGUACACAACCACUACUGUGUCGGUGUACACAACCACUACUGUGUCGGUGUGCACAACCAUUACUGUGUCGGUGUACACAACCACUACUGUGUCGGUGUGCACAACCACUACUGUGUCGGUGUGCACAACCAUUACUGUGUCGGUGUACACAACCACUACUGUGUCGGUGUGCACAACCACUACUGUGUCGGUGUGCACAACCACUACUGUGUCGGUGUACACAACCACUACUGUGUCGGUGUACACAACCACUACUGUGUCGGUGUACACAACCACUACUGUGUCGGUGUACACAACCACUACUGUGUCGGUGUGCACAACCACUACUGUGUCGGUGUGCACAACCAUUACUGUGUCGGUGUACACAACCACUACUGUGUCGAUGUACACAGCCACUACUGUGUCGGUGUACACAGCCACUACUGUGUCGGUGUGCACAACCAUUACUGUGUCGGUGUACACAACCACUACUGUGUCGGUGUACACAACCACUACUGUGUCGGUGUGCACAACCAUUACUGUGUCGGUGUGCACAACCAUUACUGGGUCGGUGUGCACAACCAUUACUGUGUCGGUGUACACAACCACUACUGUGUCGGUGUAUACAGCCACUACUGUGUCAGUGUACACAGCCACCACUGUGUUGGUAUUCAGCUACUCUGAACAAAAAGUUUCAGGCAGCACGGAUUAUGCAGGCGCUAUUGUUGGAAAUGUUGAAAUCAACAACAAGUGUCGUGUUGAUGACACUUGUGUUGAUGACACUUGUGUUGAUGACACUUGUGUUGGUGACACUUGUGUUGGUGACACUUGUGUUGGUGACACUUGUGUUGGUGACACUAGUGUUGGGGACACUUGCGUUGUGGACACUUGCGUUGUGGACACUUGUGUUGGGGACACUUGUGUUGGGGACACUUGUGUUGGUGACACUUGUGUUGGGGACACUUGUGUUGGUGGCACUUGUGUUGGUGACACUUGUGUUGGUGACACUUGUGUUGGGGACACUUGUGUUGGUGACACUUGUGUUGGUGGCACUUGUGUUGAUGGCACUUGUGUUGGUGACACUUGUGUUGGUGACACUUGUGUUGGGGACGUUUGUGUUGGUGGCACUUGUGUUGAUGGCACUUGUGUUGGUGACACUUGUGUUGGUGACACUUGUGUUGGUGGCACUUGUGUUGGUGACACUUGUGUUGGGGACACUUGUGUUGGGGACACUUGUGUUGGUGACUCUUGUGUUGGUGACACUUGUGUUGGGGACACUUGUGUUAGGGACACUUGUGUUGGUGACACUUGUGUUGGGGACACUUGUGUUGGUGACACUUGUGUUGAUGACACUUGUGUUGGUGACACUUGUGUUGGUGACACUUGUGUUGGGGACACUUGUGUUGGUGACACUUGUGUUGGUGGCACUUGUGUUGAUGGCACUUGUGUUGGUGACACUUGUGUUGGUGACACUUGUGUUCGUGACACUUGUGUUGGGGACACUUGUGUUGAUGGCACUUGUGUUGGUGACACUUGUGUUGGUGACACUUGUGUUGGUGGCACUUGUGUUGGUGACACUUGUGUUGGGGACACUUGUGUUGGGGACACUUGUGUUGGUGACACUUGUGUUGGUGACACUUGUGUUGGGGACACUUGUGUUGGGGACACUUGUGUUGGUGACACUUGUGUUGGGGACACUUGUGUUGGGGACACUUGUGUUGGUGACACUUGUGUUGGUGACACUUGUGUUGGUGACACUUGUGUUGGUGACACUUGUGUUGUGCACACUGGCGUUGUGCACACUGGCGUUGUGGACACUUAUGAGGAAUGUAAACUGGCACUGAAAUACUAA